AUGUCGUAUGUUGAGAGUGAAGCAAACAGUGAGUUGUUCACCAACUGCCAUGCCAAAUCCAUCCUCACCACAAUGAACAUGCUUCGUAAAACACAUACAUUGUGUGAUGUCACUUUGCAUGUUGACAGUGUGGACUUCCCUGCUCACAGAAUUGUACUCGCAGCCUGCAGUGAUUACUUCUGUGCCAUGUUCACUAAUGAGAUGUGUGAAAAACGAGAGUCAACCAUCCAUAUCCAGGGCAUCUCAGCUGCAGUAAUGCAAAUCUUGCUUGAUUUCAUUUAUACAGAAACAGUCAACGUUAAUGUUGGAAAUGUGCAGGAAUUAUUGCCGGCUGCUUGUUUGCUUCAGCUCACCGGUGUCAAAAAAGCCUGCAGUGCCUUUCUUGAGAAACAACUGGAUCCAACCAAUUGUUUGGGAAUUAAGAUUUUUGCUGAGAGCCAUGGCUGCGUGACAUUAUCGAAUGCUGCAGAGAAAUACAGCGUACAGGUUUUUGAUGAGAUCAUUGAAAAUGAAGAAUUCAAACUUUUGCCAGUUGAAGAAGUUGAACGUCUAAUUCGAAGUGAUGACAUCCAGGUGACAUCGGAAGAGCCUGUGUUUGAGGCAGUUAUCAAGUGGGUGAAAGCUGACCCCGAGAACCGAAAAAAUAUGCUUGCCCGGCUUCUGCAAUAUGUUCGACUGCCUCUACUUUCUGCCAAGUACAUCACAGACAAAAUUGAUACAGAGCCAUUGGUACGUCGAUGUCAUGAAUGUCGUGAUCUUGUGGAUGAAGCUAAAAAAUUUCACCUUCGGCCUGACCUCAGAAGUUGCAUGUAUGGGCUCAGGACUCAGCCACGUUAUGGAAGCGGUGAUGUUCUUGUAAUCCUUGGUGGCUUUGGCUCACAUCAGAAUCUUGUUGACACAGUGGAAAUGUAUGAUCCAAAGAUUUCCAAAUGGAAAUGUCUACCAAAUUUAAUGAAGCCUCGACGUUAUGUAUCUUCUGCCUCUUUAAAUGGUAAAAUAUAUGUGAUUGGUGGAUAUGAUGGCCAGACUCGCCUGAACUCUGUGGAAUGCUUGGAUCUGACAAGUGAUGAGCCUGUUUGGCAGAAUGUGGCUCCAAUGAAUCAACAUCGGGGACUGGCUGGGGCCUGUGUCCACAAAGGUCGAAUUUAUGUUUGUGGUGGAUUUGAUGGCUAUACUCGUCAUACAAGUAUGGAAUCCUACAAUCCAGUCCUUGAUCAGUGGCAGCUUUUGAGUGGGAUGGCUGUUGGUCGUGAAGGUGCUGGCCUUGUUGUGGCCCGUGAUAAGAUUUACUGUAUUGGGGGAUAUGAUGGGGUCAAUCUGCUGGACUCUGGGGAAUGCUAUGAUCCAGAAACUGAACACUGGUCAGCCAUUGUUCCCAUGUCAACACGACGGUCAGGGGCUGGUGUAGCAGUUGUGAAUGAUCAGAUCUAUGUAUGUGGAGGCUAUGAUGGUAACAAUCAUCUGUCCAGUGUCGAAAGCUACAACAUUCACACUGCCCAUUGGACCACUGUGCAGAAUAUGACAGUCCCAAGAUGUUAUGUCGGAGCCUGUGUACUUAGAGGAAAACUAGUUGUCGUGGCAGGGUAUGAUGGUAAUACACUUCUUGAUUCUGCAGAAAGUUUUGACCCUUUGAAGAAAAUGUGGGAGCCUCUCGAGGAGGACAUGUCCAUUCAGCGCUGUGAUGCAGGGGUUACAGUGGCUUGCCUCCGUUGCUGA